AAACGGUUUCAUAAAAGGUAAAAGUCAAGCCAAGGUUGGGAACAUAAGAAAUUGGAAAUGGGAGAUGUUGAGAGGUAGCACAGAGUCAGGGACCAGAGGAGGAUCAUGAAGUUGGUACCCAGAGCCACAUUCUGAGGGUGCCUUUCUAAUAUAGGGUUGCCUGGCUAGUGGGGUGCUGCCCCUUCCCUGCAGAACUUGUGAGGGGCUGACCCCUGAAAAUGGGAACUCCCAGCACCAGCCUAACCUCCUGUCUCCACCUGCCCUGAUCUCCUACUCAACACUUAGUCCUUCUUGCUGAUUCCCUUCCUGCACAGGGGUCUCUUCUUUCUGAGACCUUGAUCUGCCCAGUCACUCUGCACCAGAUAAUGAGGGUAACUGGCCAGACCCUCAUUUAAGGCUCACUAAAGCCUUUUCAGGGGAGACUAUGAUUCUAAGUCUUGUUAAUGCUUUGUCCAUUGUGAGUCAACUUAGAUCAGCACAGGUCCCCACGUGGGAAUCUUGACAUUUAGAAUACGCUGUUGGAAAGUGGAGUCAGGACCGUACCAGUGGAUGAAGUCACGGCACGAGGGCCUGUUCUUGACUCUGCACGGCAGCCGGUUCCUGUCUCUGUGGGGUGAUCGAUCAGCAGCCCCACUGGCUGAGGGCAGAGACAGUGAUGGCAUCCAGCAGAGGUCUCCCGAGGGACCAGUGGAGGUUCCUGAGCUAGCUCUAGAGACAUGCUCCAUGCUCACCUCAUAUGCAUCUUCUACCAGAGUGGAGCAUCUGCCUGGAUCCCACGUGUGCCACAAAGCGUGCCAUGGCCUGGGAGUGCCCUUCAAAGCCGUCCUCGCCUCCCGCAGAGCCAAACCUCGCCCGACAGGCGCACAGUGUCAAGCCCUCAGCCCCCCGAGGAAGAUGGCCCAGCCUGGGCACACGCCCUGAGCGGCUACCUCUCAUUCCUCAGCCAAGCAGCAGGGAACUGUUAGCAGCCUGAGGAACGGCAGGCUGGGAGCCUCGGGCACCACCCAGCCUUGCUCCCAGCUCACCUGCAAGAUGUGGACAGCCCUCGUGCUCAUUUGGGUUUCCUCCUGGUCCUUAUCUGAAAGCAGCCUGGCAAGCCAGCAUUCACUCCUCAACAAGACGCUGGAGAAUUCAGAACAAAACUCCUCCGUGGAAACCAUUACAAGAGUCGUGAAUGAAACGUCUGAAAGAAUGACCUCGGUGACACCUUCUCCCAUCACGUGGACCAGAGGGACUUGGGGAGGCGACCCCACCUCUCCUGCGGUCACAGCAGGGACAACACACAGGACAGAGGCAGGCACGUCGGCGACGGCAGAAGGGACCCCUGACGGAGCCACCUCCGGGGUGCCCACGCCGCCCGUCCCGGCGUCUGCCUGGCGGACCCCGUCCUCACCCCACACGCGGGCGCCUGGCAGCGGCACACCGUCUGGGCCAGCGACGCGCACGACCCCCACGCCAGCCUCGGCUGCUCCCACGGCUGCUGCGGCCCUGGCGAGUGUAAGCGGUCCCUUGGGCUCGCACGGUCGUCCCGGGCACACCCCCGGCCACGCCACAGCCAGCCCCGCGGUGCCCCCGAGUCCCCAAGCACUUAACGCGUCCACGCAGGGCCCCACCGUCCAGGCGCCGACGCCCCGGACUGCGGCUGACGCAGCAAGUACGCCUGCGCCCACCCUCCUCAGCACAGCCCCAGAACCCGGCUCCCCCUCUUCGGCUUCCGCAUCCAUGACGGUGGGAACCGCGACCGAGGCCCCCCAGCCGGCUGCCAGCACAGCGCCAGCGCCUGCCCCUCCAGCCGGCCCGGCCCCCCCGCCACGGCCCAGCCCCGCCACACCCACGCCGGGGCCCGCCGGGCCAGGCACCGCUCAGACGCCGGAGCAGGGCGCGCCUGAAGCCGCGCCUGGUACUGCUGCCAUGGGGCCGAGCCCGGGGAGCCCGGGGGACUCCAAGGUGCCAGCCACAGACUCGUGCCCGCUCAGCACCCAAGGCCGGUACCUGGUGGUCUCCAGCGAGCCCCUGGCCCAGUCCCCGGUGAACAGAAGUUUUCUCCUGGCAGUGCUCUUGCUGGGGGUCACCCUCUUCAUCACAGUCCUGGUUCUGUUUGCCCUGCAGGCCUACGAGAGCUACAAGAAGAAGGGCUACACGCAGGUGGAUUACCUCAUCAACGGCAUGUACGCCGACUCGGAGACGUGAGCAAAGGGUGCUCGGCCGUCCCUUCCCCUCCUUCCAUGUUGCCUCCGAGGCCAAACCAAGUGUUUCCAGAUUCUUCUGGUGCAAUUUAGGAGACAUGCCAGUUGCUUAAACACAUUUAAUCGCUGUCUGAUUAAUUCCACGAUCACUAAAGAGUUGCUGCUCUUUUCAUAUUUAUUUUUGUAACGAUCACAAGCAGGCAGUGAUUCUGCCGUGGGGGGGUGGGGGGCGGCCCCGGGGUGCGUCCCGACCUGAAUUAAAGCAAUGACCCUUCCGCUCAGACCCCGUCUCCCCGUUUGUGUGGGCUGCGUCCUGCCCCCCCAUGGCGGCCAGGGAGCCUUUUCGAGAUGCAUGUGA